AUGUCUCAUGAAACAGACUGUAUAAGCAGAUUUUUCGACACCGAAGAUAAUAUAUCUAUGAGUCCAGGGAGACUGUCAUUAUCGCCAUUCAAAACAUUAGAAAGUUCCCAGGACAUGAGUCAAAUGUCUGUAGGAUCUGAAUCUGAUCUGAGCUUAUCAAAACUUACAAUUGAAGAACCAGAUCCUAUUCAAGUGCCACCAUUUUACAACUUGACUCCACGGCCAAUGCCUCAGUCGCCCCAUUACGUAAUCGAGGAAGAAUUUUCUGGCAAUCCCUGGGCGAUGUUAGUGGCGACAAUUUUUUUGACGAAAACUUCAGGCAAAACAGCAAGACCCUAUAUGAAAUCUUUCUUCGAAGAAUACCCAACUCCUUACAACGUGUUGAGUGAGACGCCUACAACUUUGGAAAGAUUCUUUGAAAGUCUAGGGUUGAGGAAGCGAGGCCAAAUGAUAUGGAAACUGAGUUAUCAGUUCGUUUCUGCUAAAUGGCGAAGGGCAAGUGAUCUCUGCGGCAUCGGGAAAUACGGUGAAGACGCUUAUAGGAUUUUCUGCUUAGGACAUACGGAUGUAGACCCUGAGGACAGGUACCUAAAGUUGUAUCUAGACUGGCUAAACGGACACACCGAGUUCAUGAAAGACAAUGGCGUGACGGAUAGCGAAUACGUAAUCGAAGAUCCGGUUUUGAAGUAUUAUAGAAUUACGUUGCGAAAUAAUGUUUAA